GGGCCUCCCGCCUGGUGGCGUUUUGGAUCCGGGCUGGGCUCCUGCCUGAGUGCGCCAGUCGCCCUGGCCAGCUGCCCGGGGCCCGGAGAGGUGGACGUGGGGUGUCGGGAAGGGGUGCUGAGUGGCUGCGGUCCCUGGUUGCUUCCGUGGCCCUCGUAGCGUUUAGCAGCCGUGCUGCAGCUGGUGGCCAGCCACCUGUCCUUGGUGUAGGGCCAUUGCCUUGCAGGUGCGCCCUGACCCGCCGGUUCCUGUUAACGUUUAACAGGGCCCUCUUCGAGCCCUGCCAACCCUAGGUUCUAACCUGCUCCGCGCCUCCAGACGGGCAGUGGGAGAAGAUGAUUUCUAAUAGAAUAUAAUAGGGAUCUAUACACUGGGAUCCACUGUGGCUGCUGUUUUUAUGGAAGAUCCCGGUCAUUGUAGCAGGUAGCGUGGAUACCAGGUGGCUUUUCUGUGCCAAGGAACCUUCCCGGUGAGAGAUGCGGCACUCCAAACGAACUCACUGCCCUGAUUGGGACAGCAGGGAAAGCUGGGGACACGAAAGCUACCAUGGAAGUCACAAACGGAAGAGGAGAUCUCACAGUAGCACACAGGAAAAUAGACGUUGUAAACCACAUCAUCAGUUUAAAGAAUCUGAUUGUCAUUAUUUAGAAGCAAGGUCCUUGAAUGAGAGAGAUUAUCGGGACCGGAGAUACAUUGAUGAGUACAGACAUGAGUACUGCGAAGGAUAUGUUCCUAGGCAUUAUCACAGAGAUGCUGAAAGCAGUUACCGCAUUCACUGCAGUAAAUCCUCAGUCCGAAGCAGGAGAAGCAGUCUCAAAAGGAAGCAUAAUAGACACUGUGCAAGUCAGCAGUCGCAUUCGAAGAGCCACCGAAGGAAAAGAUCCAGGAGUAUAGAGGAUGAUGAGGAGGGUCACCUGGUCUGUCAAAGUGGAGACGUUCUGAGAGCAAGAUAUGAAAUCGUGGACACGUUGGGUGAAGGGGCCUUUGGCAAAGUUGUGGAGUGCAUUGAUCAUGGCAUGGAUGGUAUGCACGUAGCUGUGAAAAUUGUAAAAAAUGUAGGUCGUUACCGUGAAGCUGCUCGGUCGGAAAUCCAAGUAUUGGAGCAUUUAAACAGUACUGAUCCCAAUAGUGUAUUCCGAUGUGUCCAGAUGCUAGAAUGGUUUGAUCAUCAUGGCCAUGUGUGUAUUGUGUUUGAACUGCUGGGCCUCAGUACCUACGAUUUCAUUAAAGAAAACAGCUUUCUGCCAUUUCAGAUAGACCACAUCAGGCAGAUGGCCUAUCAGAUCUGCCAGUCAAUCAAUUUUUUGCACCAUAAUAAAUUGACUCAUACAGAUCUGAAGCCUGAAAAUAUUUUAUUUGUGAAGUCUGAUUAUGUAGUCAAAUACAAUUCUAAAAUGAAACGCGAUGAACGCACACUGAAAAACACAGAUAUCAAAGUUGUUGACUUUGGAAGUGCAACGUACGAUGAUGAACACCACAGCACCCUGGUGUCCACGCGGCAUUACAGAGCUCCAGAGGUCAUUUUGGCUCUCGGAUGGUCUCAGCCUUGCGAUGUUUGGAGCAUAGGGUGCAUUCUUAUUGAAUAUUACCUCGGAUUCACAGUCUUUCAGACUCACGAUAGUAAAGAGCAUUUGGCGAUGAUGGAGCGGAUAUUAGGACCCAUUCCAGCCCACAUGAUUCAGAAAACGAGAAAACGCAAGUAUUUCCACCAUAACCAGCUAGAUUGGGAUGAACACAGUUCUGCCGGUAGAUAUGUUAGGAGACGCUGCAAACCAUUAAAGGAGUUUAUGCUUUGCCAUGAUGAAGAACAUGAGAAACUGUUUGACCUGGUUCGAAGAAUGUUGGAGUAUGAUCCAACCAAAAGAAUUACCUUGGAUGAAGCAUUGCAGCACCCUUUCUUUGACUUAUUAAAAAAGAAAUGAAAUGGGCAUCAGUGGCCUGCUCCGUGCUUCUCUAGGAGAGAUUCCUUAAGACUGUGUCAGUCAGCUCAACAUUCUGAUAUUUUUGUAAACAUUAAAUUAUUUUGUACAGUUAAAUAUAAAUAAUGUAUGUUUUGUAUCAGUAACAAUGAUCUUCUAAGUAUGGUCUUGAUAAUGAAAUAUGGAAGUUAAAAUUAAUUUUCCUUUCUGACAUGCAUUACCAUUUUUAGAGACCUUUGGUAAAACCUUGGAGUCUGGUGAUCAAUGUCCUUGUGUCUUUUGUAAACGGACCUCAACUCUGAAGGGAUUUUUUUUUU